AUGUCCCCGGCGGCGAGGCGAUUCCUGGCCUUUCUCGGCUGGGCGAUUGGCUCGCUCGGCACUGUCUUCCUCAACGAGUGGAUGUUUGUCAAGGCGCAUGUGUUCAACUACCCCGUAACCCUCACCAUCAUCCACCUUGCCGCCACCUGUGUCACCUCGUUGCUCCUCGGCUGGAUGUUCCCGCUCUCGGGCGCAACUGCUAUGGCCUGGCACCCCUUUCCGCCUCUGCUCUGGCUUCGCAACAUCCUCCCGCUCGGUCUGGCGUACUGGGGCAACGUGGCGUGCAACAACUUGUCGUUUGAAGACUUGGAGGUCGACUUUCUGCAGGUGGUCAAGGCUACGGGUCCGAUGUGGGUUCUGUUUAUUACCAUGGCUGUGGGAACUCAAAAGGCCACUCCAUCGCUGGUGGCCAUCAUUUUCCUCAUCUCGGGCGGCAUCAUCCUCGCCUCGCUCGGCGAGCUGGCCUUUGUUUGGCGCGGCUUCUUCCUUGCCAUCUCCGCCACCAUUCUCUCGGCCAUCCGCACCGCUCUCAUUGAGAACGCCACGCUGCACUCGCCCAUCGAUCCGCGGCAGCUGUACCCGUCGACCGGCCCCGCCGCGUUUGUCCUCCUCUUCGCCGUCUGGCUAGUCACCGACGGGCCGAUCCUGCUCUCGCCCGAGUCGCGCGGCGACGGCGCUCACCACCACCCCGACUACUCGGGUGGCCAGGUCUUUCUCAUUGUCAUCGGCUCAUCGGCGCUCGCUGUCCUCUCUAACUUUGGCCGCUACGCCUGGAUCGCCUCCUCGUCGUCGAUUAUUUACUCGGUGACCGGCGUGCUCAAAGACGUGGUCAUCAUCGUCUUCUCGCUCGUCUUCCUCGGCGAGUCGGUCACCGUGCUCAAGGUCAUCGGCAUCUGCCUGGCCUUCUCGGGUGUGGUUUGGUUCACCUACCUCGAGAACACCAGCGAUGAGGCAACAACCGCACCGGCCGGCUACGGCCAGCUCGCCGGAGAAAGCACCGAGUCGGACUGCUCGCUCGGCGGCGGCGUCUUUGCCAUCGGCGCCGGUGACGAACUGGGCACCUCGGAUGAGCUCGACGAGCUCGAUGAGCUCGACGGACUCUGA